CACAAUGAAGUGCAAGUGCCGCAUCAUAUAUAUUGUAUUCCUUCUUGCUGUUGCCUUUUGUGUUCCUUUCAACAGGAGUCCCGUUUAUGACUCUCUUUGCGCGUUGACUGGGGGCCGGCUUAAAUGCUAUGUUCAUAACACUUGGGGCUUCAAUGAAAGGACUAAAGAAUGUUAUGAAGUGCGCAAGGGCAAAGAGCCGUGCGGCUUCUUUGAUGGAAGAAAGGGCUGUGAGGACUUUUGCCACAGGCCUCCUGGAACGGGCAGGAAAGGUUAACCUUGUGGGCAAAAGC